CCCGGCAAAAGUGGUAAGUUCACCAACGCCCAAAAUAGACGUCGAAAAACUUGAAAGGAGUGCUAAAACUGUCAAAUUCUAAUGAAGUAUUAUAUCUCCUGAAUGGUCUAUACUUAGGGAAGGUGGAUGGUUAUUUAUAGUGAUAUUUAAGGAGGAUUGUUUUCUGAAUUGUGCCAUUUUGUUGUUCGUAAGGUUGAGUGAAUCUAUGGUGUAGAAUCAGCAGAACCUAAACACCAUGCAGACGAUUAAAUGUGUCGUGGUCGGCGACGGAGCCGUGGGCAAAACAUGCUUGCUGAUCUCCUACACAACAAAUAAAUUCCCAUCUGAAUAUGUACCAACGGUGUUUGACAACUAUGCUGUGACAGUUAUGAUCGGCGGAGAACCCUACACACUGGGAUUAUUUGACACAGCAGGUCAAGAAGACUACGAUCGACUGAGACCCCUCAGCUACCCACAGACAGACGUCUUCCUUGUUUGUUUUUCUGUCGUUUCACCAUCCUCAUUUGAAAAUGUCAAAGAGAAGUGGUCACCUGAAAUCACGCAUCAUUGUCCCAAGACCCCCUACCUGCUAGUCGGUACGCAGAUUGAUCUACGCGAUGACUCGUCGACCAUCGAGAAGCUGAGCAAGAACAAACAGAAGCCGAUCACCGUGGAGCAAGGCGAGAAGCUGGCCCGAGAACUCAAGGCCGUCAAGUUUGUGGAAUGCUCCGCCCUCACACAGAAAGGACUCAAGAAUGUGUUCGACGAGGCUAUCCUGGCGGCUUUAGAGCCCCCAGAACCACCCAAGAAAAAGAAGUGCUCUCUUCUCUAGGCCACCGUCAUCCGGUCUGUUAUUGGUUUUGUACCCAGACAGAAAGCGUUAGUAAGAAAUGACAGGGAAGUUAAAACACAAGCGAUGAUCAGUCAUCUUGUGUCCGCUCUGUACGUACCAGUGGAAUGGAAAUGGUCACCCAAAGCGGCAACAAAAUGGGGAAUAUCAAUCACUUUCGAAAAACUUUUCACUUGCAAUCUCUUUAUUAGCAAGUAAAGUCUCUCACGAUCCAAUAUGUCUCAUCAGGACAGCGUUUAUCUCUGGUUUCCUUCGUAUGAAACAACUGAGAAUAUUUCUAUUCACUCUGGACAGGAUGCCUGUCCAUCGCAGGUUACUCCCCAGCUAUUGCCAGUUCCCAUUCAUACUCCUGGGUGGAGAAAGUCAAGUGCGGUAAAGUGGCUUGCCCAUGGACAUAACAUAUGGACAGCAGCCGGAUUCGAACCCCUGACCCUCUGAUCAUGAGUCACAAACCCAUCCACUUGGCCACAUUCCAAUCUCUUAAAAGAUGUUGUAAAUCUUGAUAUUCGCCAUCGGGUGAUUAACGGAGCAGCUAAAUAGCACCCUCUACUGGGCAUGUUCAGAGCGGAUAAACGUUAUCGGAAACAGCAGGGAACAUCAUGUUUCACUAGGCACACUGACAGCUACGUUGCAUUAUUUCCAUGUGCGUAAAGUAAAAGUGGCCUGUAUGUUUGUAAGGGCGUGUUAAAAAAAGAUUUUAUUGAAAAAAAAAAGAUACCUGUUUAAUAUUCGAAGACUGGGAAGUCACAGGAUUGCUUCUGGAAUUUUUGCAUAAAAUGCUCAUUAUUUCCAGAGCUUUUGUUGAUCAUUGCUUCUGUUUCCGUAACCACAAAGAUGAGGAAUGGUCCAGAAUCUUUCCUUUUUUUCCCGAAAUGUAAUCUUACAAGAGAAAUUAAAGUGAAUUUUGUAAUAUCCAUGUGACAGUGUGUAAAAAAAUUCCAGAUUUUGUCAAUUUUUUUUCCCCAUCGUAAAUCCCUCGUUUAUUUGGCCAAGAGCUGUAUUUUUGUAUGUUCCGUGUUGCGCCGAGUGUUGUCGUCUUGGGACAUGUUGUCUGUAUGUUGGCCCCUUACAAAAUAUUUCAAAUGUCGAUGCAAGCGAACUUCAGCAUGUUUUUGUUAGGAAAGGUUUUGUUUUAAGGUAUACAGUUUCAUCAUGAAUUUCAGUACAAAUUAAACUGGCUUGUUGGCUACUGUGUGUAAGU